GGCAGAUGGUAGUGGUGGGAAGAAGGUAGAGGCAUGGAGACCACUGGGUUGGUGGUGGGCACCAAAGGGGCCCAGGGUUACUUCGCUCUGUUCUAGCUCCAUAGUGCCCUCUAGUGUCUUUUUCUUUUGCCCCGGGGACCCAGGUGUCCUAUCCUCUCCUCCCCCUUCCCCUUGGGAAGCGGGAGAACCAGAUGGGCUGUUGCGCAAGGUCUCUGCCUGCUGUUUACGUCCCGCGGGGGCCUCCUCCCUCUCUAUAAAGCCUGUGCGGAGCGGGGGAGACGCGGAAAGACAGAAACUGAGGCUGUCGAAGACAGGAGGACGAACUAAAAGAGAUCCAGAACGGAGGGAAAGAGAAGCCCAGAAGUUAAGGAGGCAGAGGAGAACUAGACAGAGCUAGUAUUGCAGUGGGGUAGGGAGAAAGAGAAACCGUAAGGGAACCCAGUGUGGGGGGUCGAAAGAGCAUCAGGUGUCCACCUGAUCUUGCCCCAUCUCCCCAUGGAAGUUUCCGAAUUGGGUCCCGGGCUGGUGGAGCGUUUGGAACAGCUGUCGACUUGCCCGCUGUGUGGGGGCCCCUUCCAGGACCCCGUGCUUCUAGCGUGCGAGCACAGUUUCUGUCGCGAGUGCCUGGCCCGCCGCUGGGGCGCCCCUCCAGGGCCGGGUGACACUGACACUGCGCCUCCCACCGUUUGUCCGUGCUGCGGUCUCCCAUGCCCUCGCCGCAGCCUGAGGUCGAACGUGCGCCUGGCAGUGGAGGUGAGGAUCAGUCGAGGGCUGCGGGAGAAGCUGGCAGAGCCCGGGGCUCGGACCGGAAGGCGCCGUGGGGGACGCAUCCCAACUAUGGGGUGUCAGGAUCCCCACGGAGAGGAUGUGAGGAAGACGUGGAGAAGACUUGAUGCCACAAAGCCCAAACCAGAGGAAUCAGAUGAGGACAUCCCAGAAGAUUAUCCUAUUGUCAAAAACAUGCUCCACAGACUCACAGCCGACUUGACUCUGGACCCUAGCACUGCACACCGCCGCCUCCUUGUGUCCCCCGAUGGUCGAAGCGUCUGUCUAGCCCCACCUGGCACACCUGUGCCACCAGACGGACCAGCUCGCUUUGACCAGCUCCCUGCUGUGUUGGGCGCGCAAGGCUUCAGAGCUGGCCGGCAUUGCUGGGAGGUAGAGACAGCCGGCCGAACCUCCUCCGGGGAGUCCUCGGGUGAAGAAGACGAUGGAGAGAGCUGCUAUGCUGUCGGUGCUGCUGGAGAAUCUGUGCGGCGCAAAGGCCGCGUGGGGCUAUGCCCCGCGGGGGCUGUGUGGGCUGUGGAAGGCCGUGGGGGCAGAUUAUGGGCACUGACAGCCCCAGAGCCUACGCCCCUAGGGGGAGGAAGGCCCCCGCCACGGAGAAUUCGAGUGGACUUGGACUGGGAAAGAGGCCGAGUGGCUUUCUAUGAUGGCCUUUCCCUUGACCUGCUGUUCGCUUUCCAGGCAUCCGGGUCCCUUGGGGAGCGUGUCUUUCCAUUGCUCUGCACCCGAGAUCCUCGGACCCCACUUCGCAUAGUACCAGCUGAGGGCUGAGCCCUCCACUUUGUAUUCUUACUAAAGGAUUCUGCACUCCUCAGUAACAACUUUGGAAGACGCUAGCCUUCAUGGAUUCGUGUGGCUUACUCCCAAGAAAUUCUCAAUUCCCACCCCACCCCAACCCCCCAUUUCAAAUCCAGUUUGUACACCUGGAUGUGGAAACUCAAGACCCAAUUCCUCCCAGAUCUUAAAGCUGCCCAUUCUAGAGGUCUAAUAUGCUACAUUCCUAGGAUAAAAGUACUUUCUAAAUAAACCUAGAAACCUACUUUCUUCCCACAUCCCUGUAGCCCCCUCUAACUCCACCCACAACUCCCAUAAUCAGGAAUGUUCCUUUACUCAAUUACUAUUUGCCUCCCACUAAGCCUCACCCAGCUAAGAGAAAACUGCCUUCUCUGGAGUUCCCCAAAACCUUUCAGAGGCCUUCCAUUCCCCUUCCUAGAAAGGAAGCAUGAAAGGUACUGACUGUUCUCCCCAACUGUUUUCAGGACCCUUUUCCUGAGGUGGGCUAUUACUUGUCUUCUUUUUCUGAUGAGUAACUACUACCUUGCAGUAACCUGUAAGGUCUUUCUACCAUCUACAUUUCUGAUUUUACCAUCUAAGCAUAAAGCCCUUUUACUCAGGGCCUCCCUUUUCUCUGAGGUCUGGCUCAAUGCUAUGCAAGCCCUCUCCUACAUUUUUCCCGCCUCCCA